CCACUUACCGCGCCGACUGUACGCAGACACACGUAGUAGUGUAGUACGCACAGAGGCCGAAACAUAAAUCGUAUUGAAAGAAAUGAGAUCUGAUGAAAUCGUCCAGUCGUUGACGUUGACAGCGUUUUCGCAAGCAGCAGAUCGGUGUAAUCGGUGUGAUCGGUCAAACGGAGUUUCGAUACCUUUUGACAACGCGUGUGUGUUACGUCAGUUACGUGUGAUUGCAAAGCAAAAGUACAACGCGCAACUGGAGCAUAUUGUCUGAAACUGAAAUUGUGAUUCGAUUUACUUUGCUUUCGAAUCGUCGUCCUCGACAGAUAACGAUUUAAUACGUGCAGUAUUUCAUCGAUACUUGCUUAAAAACAAAAACACGUUUUGUUCGUAUAUGAAAAAUAUGAAUUUUGAGUGACCCGUUACGCGUGUACGUAGAUGGUACAAGACAUCUAAUACGUGUUUCAUCAGAUAGAAUCGUAAACGCUUUGCUGUUCAAAGCUGUUUUUCCUUCUGGGCAAUGUCGAAUCAUUUAUCUUUACACAAUAAUCCGCCGGUAUCUAAAAAAAUAUCUUCUUUUCAGCCCUGUCACGCAUCGAACAACGAUAAUAAUAAUAACAAUAAGAACGAUAGUAGUAGUAGUAGUAGUAGUAGUACUAACAAUAAGAAACGAUAAAACGGAUCAUACAGAUUAAAUAGUAUGAGUGUAACGAUAUCACAAAUCUAUAGAAGAAGAUUCGGAUUCAAAUAUUGGAAGAUGUUCGUCAAUGGAACGUGUCGUCGACGUCGUCAUUAAAUACAGUUGGAACUUGUACCGUGACCAGCCUGGCACUGUAACAUCGAGUAAAAGAGAUAAUCCGCGUUAUUAAACCAGAUCGCAUAAGAUCAGUAAUACCAUGGCAGGAAGCGAGUCUGUCAUAGUGGCAAAGAGCGAGAGAGAUCCCGCGCCUGUUUCUAACAUGGAUUAUUCCAGCAUUAGAGGAAAGAGCGUUUUAGUUAGUCCGUCAGAGGAUCAGUAUGAGCUAUUGCUCAGACGUUUGAGAGAAAGAAUUCAGGAUGGUGGCAGUGAGACGAUCUUUGACAUCGGUUUCGGGGAAGGUGGUUCGGAAGAUGGUUUGAAGGACGACGAAUAUGAAGCAUCUGUUGCUACGUUACAGUCCCUCGCGGCGACAUUGGAGGCAGACUGUGUACUGUUACGUCAGAGUAAAGUAGAUCAGGGACUGAUAGGGCAAUACCUUGUUCGAAGACGUUUGGACAGACAAGAUUUCUUGGAGAUCAGAGUGGCCGUCGUCGGCAACGUCGAUGCGGGAAAGUCGACACUUUUGGGUGUAUUGACACACGGGGAACUCGAUAAUGGUCGAGGAUUGGCGCGGCAAAAAUUGUUUCGCCACAAGCACGAAGCUGAAACGGGACGUACCAGCUCAGUAGGAAAUGAUAUUCUUGGAUUCGAUAGCGUUGGUAACGUGGUGAACAAACCGGAACACGGAUCUUUGGACUGGGUCAAGAUAUGCGAGAAGUCGUCUAAAGUUAUAACGUUCAUCGAUCUUGCUGGACACGAAAGAUAUUUGAAAACGACUGUCUUUGGGAUGACCGGUCAUGCCCCCGAUUUUGGUAUGUUAAUGGUCGGCGCGAACGCUGGUAUCGUUGGAAUGACGAAGGAACAUUUAGGUCUUGCUUUGGCCCUCUCGGUACCAGUAUUCGUUGUCGUGACAAAGAUCGACAUGUGCCCACCGAACAUACUGCAAGAAAAUUUAAGACUGUUGAUAAGGAUCUUGAAGUCACCGGGUUGCAGGAAGGUGCCUGUCACCGUCAAGACGCCUGACGACGUCGUAGUCGGUGCUACCAAUUUUGUAUCGGAACGCUUGUGCCCAAUUUUCCAAGUAUCGAACGUAACGGGAGAAAACUUACAUCUGCUUAAAAUGUUUUUGAAUUUGUUGACUGCUCGAAUGAUCAGCCACGAAGACGAACCGGCAGAGUUUCAGAUAGACGACACGUACUCGGUGCCUGGUGUUGGUACAGUAGUUUCGGGCACGACGUUGAAAGGUGUCAUAAAAUUAAACGACACUCUGUUAUUGGGACCCGACCCACUGGGACGUUUCAUUCCGAUCGCAGUGAAAAGUAUACAUAGGAAAAGAAUGCCCGUUCGCGAAGUGCGAGGCGGCCAGACCGCCAGUUUCGCUUUGAAAAAAAUUAAACGGUCGCAAAUCAGGAAAGGUAUGGUAAUGGUCGCACCGGCAUUAAACCCGCAGGCUUGUUGGGAAUUCGAAGGGGAAAUUCUUGUGUUGCAUCAUCCGACAACGAUAAGUUCCUGUUAUCAAGCAAUGGUGCAUUGCGGAAGCAUCAGACAAACAGCGUCCAUAAUUUCUAUGUCGCAAGAUUGUUUGCGAACGGGAGAUAAAGCUUUGGUACGCUUCAGAUUCAUAAAACAUCCCGAGUACAUAAAACCGGGACAAAGGAUGGUCUUUAGAGAGGGACGUACCAAAGCUGUGGGUAACGUUGUGAAACUUGAUCCAUACUCCAGCAGCAGUACGACGAUCAUGCAAACCUGCAGAUCCAACAAGCCGAACAAAUCAUUGCAAAAUCGACAAAACUCUUCGUCUACGAUGCAACCGUUAGAUACAACUGCUGAAACCAAUUCUCCGUCGUUCGAAGGACAAACAUCGAAGCUGGAAAACAUACUUCAAAAAUCUGACAAAAGUCAAAACAAAAAAAGUAGAGGGCGGAGGGGAGGACGAUCUCAUAAUACUGCGAACAGUAUUAUUCAACCUUUGUCAGAACAGAAUCCCCCCACAAAGUUGUAAACUGCGCGAGUUUUAUGUACAACCGGUUUUUACGACACUUGAGAAUUGAUAAUAAAUACUUGAUACUGAUCCGAGUAAUGAGUCCUCCUCGUCGUCGUCGUCGUCGUCGUCGUCGUUGUUCAUUGUCGUCGUUCAUUGUCGUCCUCGAGAUCUUGCAAGAAUAAUUUUUAAAUCCAUUUUCGAGGAACGUAAAGCGAACUGUUCAGACGUUAAACGAACAAAAUGUAUUAUACGUAUAUAUAUAUAUAUAUAUACACACACACACACACACACAUAUAUAUAUUUUUUCCGCAGUUAUUUAUACUGAUAUUGAAAUAAGUGUAUAAAAUCAUCGUUUCUUAAUAAUCGCCGCACGUAAAUUACGCGCGUUUGUGGGGUCAUCUAAUACGUAUAUGAUCCAUAAGGAUCGCGUAUCGUGUCCAUCUUGGGAUUGUGGUGAUAGAGAGAAAAGAACUCCCACUGAACCCCUCUGUUAAUUAAGUAUUGUACUUACAAAUAACGCACAACGUGCUUUUUCAAUCUUUAAAUUAGAUUACAAAUGGUCUUUCACUUCAUUUUGACUCGAUCAUUACAAAAUAAUGAAAUGUCGUUUUUAAAUGUACGUCGACAAAUAUACUUUGUUAUUCAUAAAGCGUUUUAUUUUUAUACGAAGAAUACGAAUUCAUCUUGACUCGAUGAAAUAUAAUCUGUGGAAAAUACACGCGAUGCAUACGUUUCUCUCUUACCAUUGUCACCGCAUCAUCAGCACGCCAUAGAUCGAAUGAUGUAGGUAGUAUACACGAGCAAAGACAGGUUGAAGAAUAAUAAAUCACCAUAUCUAUGUAUA